AUGCUUUCGACAACGAGGUCAAUCUUUUCUAGGAGCACUCGCCUGAUGAUUCCUUCUACCACCUCGCCCGCAACCCGUUCCCGACACCGGCCACGCAAACGCCCGGCCAAUGCAGGCAGCGCAAGAACGAUGGCUUCAACGGCAACAGCGACUGCGAGGGCGGCACCUCCUCACCUGGCCUCGACCCAACAAGCAUCCGCGUCCAACACACAACCUCCAAGUCUAGUCCCGCUCCAUCCACAAACAGCGAGCAUCCCGCCGACCUCUCAGGCUCGCGACGAAACACACUUCUCCGCGAAGCGGUUCGCCGACGCCCCAAUAUCGGCGGCCUCGAAGAAGGGAAUUAAACACGAGUUUAUGUCGGAUGUCCAAGCAUCGACCAUCGACUAUGCCCUGGCCGGCCACGACCUUCUUGUCCAAGCAAAAACAGGAACCGGCAAAACACUCGCGUUCCUACUGCCCUCCGUUGAACGGCUCGCCAAAAUGACGGAUUUGGAAAGCAGAAAAAUAUCGAUGCUUGUAUUGUCUCCCACACGUGAAUUGGCUCUUCAAAUAGAAGAAGAAGCCAAAUCCUUACUUGCAAACCACCCGUUCACCAGCAACCACGCGAUCGGUGGUACCAACAUGCAAUCUUUCAGUCGCAGACUCCUUGAAACGCCUCCUACAAUCCUCAUCGCCACACCUGGUCGGCUCGUCGACCAUCUCGAAAACACGCCCAACUUUUCGCACCUAUUCAAGGACCUGCGUGUGAUUGUGUACGACGAGGCCGACCGCCUGCUGGAUGCUGGCUUCCGUCGCGAGCUCGACAAGAUCCUCAAAUUCAUGCCAGAUCGAAAGCAGGUCCGCAGGCAGGCGUUGUUGUUUUCCGCGACUAUCAGCAAGGAGAUCAAGGAGAUUGCGAAGGAGUCGAUGAUGCCCAACUACAAAUUUAUCAGCACACUCAGAGAGGAUGAAGUCAACACACAUGAACAUGUCCCGCAACAAUCUCUCAUCGUCCCAUUCCCCCAACACCUUCCCGCAACUCUAGCGUUCCUCCUUCAAGACCGCGUUAAAAACAGUGGUUCAACAAAAGCGAUGGUUUUCUUGCCAACUGCACGGGCGGUUAGUUUCUUCUAUGAAGCGUUGUCGCAACUGCCACGCGGCACUCUGCCUCCGGUCUACGAAAUUCACAGUCGCAAGUCCCAACCGGCCCGUGUCAAAGCAGCAGAUGCAUUCAAAGAGGCCAAACAAGGUGUUCUGAUCAGCUCCGACGUAACAGCGCGCGGAAUGGACUUUCCGGGGGUAACACUCAUCAUUCAAGCCGGCCUCCCCGCAAAUGCAGAACAAUACGUCCAUCGUCUGGGGCGGACCGCGCGAGCGGGUGCAGGCGGCCGCGGAAUCGUGAUCCUAACGGAAAACGAGUCGUUUUUCCUGCGAGACAAGGCGGUCCGAGAAUUUGGCAUCACUCCCGUUGCCGCGUCGCCCUCUGCAGAGAACCCCCACAUGGCUUCGCUGGACAGCGCGCAGCUCGCAGAGGCCGGCGAGGCGAUUCAGACGGUUCUGCCGCUGGUCAGCAACGAGACGAAGGCGCAGACGUAUCGCGCGUUCCUGGGUUUUUACAACGGAAGUCUGAAAGGGAUGAAGUGGACCAGGGAGGAGUUGGUGCGGAGUGCGAAUGCGUAUGUCACCGAGGCGCUGGGGUGGACAGGGGAGCAGCUGCCAGAUAUCGAGAAGAAGACGGUGGGGAAGAUGAACUUGAAGGGUGUUCCGGGACUAAACAUUGUUGUAUCGCCACCUCGACCACGGCCAUAG